AUGGCUGCCAACGCCGUAGCUGAGGAAGCUCGUGAGCGCGAGACCUUUCGAUAUGACUCGUCUUUGAUCAACCAAGUGUUUCCCAACCCGGACGAUGCGCCAAUCUUCCCUUCAGAGCUGACUCCCGACCCCUCCCUGACUGCCUUUGCAGAGUUGGGGGUCCACCGUCUCAACGCCUGCCGUGCUUUCGUUUCACUCUUCGACAGGCAACAUCAGUAUAUUGUCGCCGAGGCCACGCCUACCACUCCGCUCUCGCCCGGAAGCCGCGCUGCUCAGCAACCCGGCGGACGGGAUGGACUUGAGGCACAACUCUUGCUGUGGGGUACCUCCCUACCUCGGUCGAGCAGUAUUUGCGACCAUGUUCUUACGUCCCUGGCCCCGGGGGUUGCCCCUGAACGGCUGCAGUGCGGCCAGGAGUCUUAUCCGGAACUGCCCGUGACCGUCAUAGGUGACCUAGAAAACCACCCAUUCAUGGAGGGGAGAGCCGCAUUCUCAACUUGGCCCGCUUACAGGUUCUACGCUGGUGUUCCGCUAAGAACUUCCAAGGGAAUAGAUAUUGGUGUCUUUAGCGUGUUGGACCUGGAUCGCCGGGAGAAAGAGGACCCCAACAUUUCACUCAUCAUGCAGGACAUUUCACGAACGAUUAUGGGAUACCUGGAGACACGAAGGUUUAGGGAUGGCCAAAGGAGGGCCGAUAGGAUGGUGAAGGGUGUCGGGAGCUUUGUACAGGGCAAGUCGACGACGUCGGGGUGGGAGGCUGCGCCUUGUGCAGAUGAGGUGGAAGAACGGGCUGAGGUAAAUCCUCGUGAUCAUGAGGAAAGUCAGUGCCCACUAGAACCUUUUGAUGCGUUGUAUGCUACUGACUACAUGUGCGAGGAUGCAGACUCAACGGCUCGAACACCAAGUAGCAAGGACAAGAAGAACCACGUCAACGAUGCUUCCCCGAAAUCUGCAAAGAACAUCUUUUCCAAGGCGGCAAAGAUUAUACGUGAGUCCAUCGAAGUCGACGGCGUGCUAUUCUUGGACGCUGGAAUCUCAUCCUUUGGCGGACGAGCUACCAUCGGUGGCAUCUCAGGAAGGCCCGACGGUGAGCGUCGUGCAUCCGCCGCAAGCAUGCAUUACGCGGCGGGGAAUCCGAACAACUGCUCAUGCUGCAAGGUUCUCGGCUUCUCUACGUCGUACUCUUCCAGCAUUGACGGGCAUGAUCAGGAGCAGUGUCAUAAGCAGCUCCCCGAGCAUGCCUUGGGAGAACUUCUGAAGAUGUACUCCAGAGGCACCAUCAUCUCCUUGAACGAGCUCAACACACCAAACGACGCGACAACUGUCUCUGAUGAGGCAACACAGCCUGUCCCAGACGUUCCCCGACAUAGCUUGGGACCUCAUCUGGACCUUCAAAAGACGAAGACACCGGAAUCGACGCAACCCGAAUACGACAUGGAGGAUUUUGUGAGGGACCUACUACCUGGAGCCCGGAACGUUGCUUUUUUCCCACUCUGGGAUCAUCAAAAACGCCGGUGGUAUGCUGGCGGUUUCGCAUACACAAAGAAAGCAUCGCGCGUCUUGUCCGUAGACGGGGAAUUAAGCUAUCUUUUGGCUUUCGGCACCGUCAUCAUGGCAGAGGUGUUCCGAAUAGACUCCAAGGUGGUGGAACAGUCUAAAAUGGACGUGCUGAGCUCCAUUUCUCACGAACUGCGCUCGCCUCUCCACGGAAUCAUCCUGGGAGCGGAAUUGCUGCAUGACACUGCUUUGGAUGCCUUUCAGGGAGACCUGCUGCACUCGAUGGAAACUUGCAGCCGCACUCUACUUGACACUGUUGACCAUCUAUUAGACUGGAGCGGAGUCAAUAACUUUCUCUCGCCGGCGCCCGUACCGCAACACAAUGGCGACGUGGAGGAACGGGGACUGCGGUCGGGGAAAACGGCAACUAUUGAGUCUGGCAUGAUGAGCAUCGUGUCACGCGUCAGUGUGGACUUGAUCGUGGAGGAGGUUGUGGAGAGUGUCUAUGCCGGACGCAUUUUUCAGCUCCGGACACUGGGGUCGAAUUUAACCAGCUCGGAAGCAAGCCAGGCAAAUGAGUUGAUUGACUGCCUGGCAGCACAAAAGGAGGCGGACAUUUCUACGAUAUGCGUUGACAUUGAACCCAACGCCUCGUGGGAGUUCUACACACAGCCGGGUGCGUUGCGUCGCGUCGUCAUGAACCUGGUUGGAAACUCCCUCAAGUUCACGACAAAGGGAUUUGUCAAGGUCUCCCUAGACCAGCCCCACGUUGUGCCUUCUGUCGGGGAGCAGCAGGGCACGUAUGUGCGACUCACAGUAACGGACUCUGGGUGUGGAAUUGGCAAAUCAUAUCUCGAGAACGACGUCUUCACGCCCUUCAUUCAGGAGGACGGUCUCAAGCCGGGAAUGGGCCUGGGCCUCAGCUUCGUGGAGAGGAUUGUGACGGCACUCAAGGGGUCCAUCUCAAUACAGAGUGUGGUCGACAAAGGUACCAGCGUGUCGGUCACGCUGCCGCUUCCUGCCGUGGUGCCAGAAAGCGCCAUCCCGAGGUUGCGGAAUCCCGGCCACGAGUUUGAAGCCCAAAGAAACGACCUGCGGGGAUUGCGAGUGCUUCUUUUGGGCUUCCGCGACACGCCAUCCGUCGACAGUGACGACGGCGUGUUUGGAACGAACGUGGUUGAAAGCGAGGGAAUUGCGAAUAUAUGCCGAGAUUGGCUGCAAAUGCAGGUGGUUGAGCCAUCCGAAAGCAACACCCUCGUGCCGGAUCUUUUGCUCUGCGACGAGACGUAUCUGCACUUGAACUCUCAUAUUCACACGCAGCGAAACGCCUCGUCACCCCCGGCGGUGGUCAUUUGCAGGAAUGCGGUAUCCGCUCGGGAUCUGGCCGAGAACAGGCUGUUCAAGCGCAGACCCAACGACCAGUUGUGGGAGUUUAGCGCCCAACCUGUAGGCCCUCGAAAGCUCGCCAAGGUCCUGGCACUGACCUUCAAGCGAUGGACAACUUACCAAGCGACCCUCAACCCCAUUGCUCUGUCGGCAGCUCAGACCCCCGAAGAGGAAGACGGCCCCCGUCGCCCAACCGACAGGGCCAAGUUGGCCACGGCCACGGCCACGGCCCCAGAAGCCGGUCCACGCGGCGACGAAACACCCGAGCUCAUGGCCGCAAACAUAUUUCGCGAAAUCUCCCUCCCCGAGCGAGUCCGUCGCUCGACUCCGCUCACCGCAACGUACCCCGACUCGGCUACAUCCGACGUCGACUCGAACCAACCAGGCACGAGCUUCCUCCUUGUCGAUGACAACCCCAUCAACCUCAAAAUCCUCACCACGUACAUGAAGAAGCUCCGGCUGCCCUACCGCACCGCCACAAACGGCCAACAAGCAGUCGACCUGUUCCGCGAAGCAAACGGUCUCUACAAGUGCGUCUUCAUGGACAUUUCGAUGCCCGUGAUGGAUGGCUUCGAAGCAACGCGGCAUAUACGCAGUACGGAGACGGAAAAGAGUUUGCAUCGGUGUACGAUCUUUGCGCUGACGGGGCUGGCAAGUGCGGACGCGCAGCAAGAGGCAUUCACCAGCGGGAUCGAUUUGUUUCUAACCAAGCCAGUCAAGUUGGCCGAGUUGAGUCAGAUUCUGUUGGCGAGAUUCGGCGCAAUAGCGGAGGAUUGA